CCGUACCCCUCCUCCUUACUAUGUCAUCAUAGCUUGAAUUUCAAGAGUCUCGACGGGAUCAUCGAUUCUGUCGAAACCCUUCUUUCCUCAUCUCUUUCUGUGAGCUACUUGACCUGCUUGAACAUGCUAACAGCAUCUGGACUCAUGGAUGUUGAUGUUUCUGAUUCUGCCAACGGCGGCUCAAAUUGGAUGAGCAAGGACGGUAGCUUUCUGAGGCCGUCAGUUCAGCCUGCUGAGUCUGGAGAAGGACUUCCAUAUGCUCCUGCAGAUUGGCCAAAUGCUGGUGACGUUUGGACUUGGAAAGUGGGAAACAAAAUUAGCCCAUCAGGCUAUUAUACCCAUAGGUUCUUGAUUCCUCCAAAGAGGCUUUGGAAAAGCCCAACUAGGAAAAUAUGGCUUGGCAGUAAGACUUCUAUAAUACGUUUUCUUCAAUCUGAAUUUCCUGAAGCAGAUAUUAACACAUUUCUCGCAUCAUUUACUUGGGAAAUCCCCGCUGAGAGAAGAUCUGUGAGGAAAGCCAAGAAAAGACCAACUUCUCGGACGGGUACGACUGAAGCAGAGUCGGGAGGUCAAAUUUUGAGGAGAACAAGAAAUUCUGCAAGAAAACUCACUGGGGUUACAGAUCAGGGUACAACCACCUUAAUGGACCCGCCUUUAUUUGAACGAGUAUCAGCCGAUGUAUUAAGUUCGCAUACUACUGCUAAUGAGAAUCAUAAGGCAUGUGAUCCUGACAUUGCUGUUUGUCCUGUACAAAAUCCUGCAGGCUGGUCUAUUCUUGGUUGCAGGCCUAAGGACCCAAAUCCCCGAGCGGAUCAUCUAACUGAAAUGACUACAGAUGGUUUUGACAAUUAUCUCAAAUCACUCGAUGAAGUUUUAUUUCAGUCAGUUCCGAGAGCACCAAAUUCAGGCUCAGCCUUGUCAGAAAUGGAAGACUUAAAGAAAGCUCGAGAGGAACUUUCUUCCCUUAUAGCAAUGGAUUUUCCGAGUUUGAUCACUUCCAACAAACUUCCAGAAGUUACAAACCUGUCAUCCAAGCUUCAGUCUGAUCCACAUCUUAGCACAAAAGAGCUUUACAUGCUGAAUCUCAUUCGGGAAAUCCCGUCAGCCAGCAAGUGCUUCCUAGAUGCUAAGCAAGUAACAGUUGAAGCUAAUAAAUUCUUUAUGGAGCUUGAGGCCAACAAAGGCCUUAUCACUGCACUUAAGCGUAAAUAUAUGUUAUCGAAGGACAAAAUAGCUCUUCUCCAGGCUGAAGAUGUAGCUGCAUCAUCAACCAUUCAAGAAAUAGACGAUGAAAUUGCAAUACUACAAUCUCGCAGAGCUACACUUGCCAAAGUUGUUAAGAGGAACCAAGAAAAGAUUGCUGAACUUGCGUCAGCUCAAAAACGGGUGUCUGAUUCUAUUCCGAAGAUUGUUAAUGAGGUUCAGAUGGCGAACUCAGAAAGAUCAGGAUGGGAGCUGAAGCAGAAGGAAGCAGCUAAGCAGGAAGCUGAGAUUCUUCUUAGAUUUGCCCCACUUGAAAGGUAUUCGUUCAUGCACUGAUUGGUAGAAGGUUAUGGGCUUGUGGCACAUAAGUUUCCAGGAAGAUAUCUGCAAAUGACAUUUUCUACCCAAUUUAACAUUCUAAAGACCUAUAUAUGCCACAAGGCAAAGAUCUUCCCCAAUUAAUGCAUGAAACAAUCUUUCCGAAGGAGCAAAUCUGGCAAAAAUCUUCUCCCUCGUCCAUUCUGCUUUCUCAAAACCAGCUUAACUGGGUUUCUUGGAUGGAAUUUAUAGUAGCGUUUUGUACUGGGAAGCAGGAUAAGAUCAUUUUGACUUGUAUAGCUGAGAUUUGAACUCAUAGGGUUGCUGUUGCAAUAGGAUUUGCAUUUCAGAUGCAUGUAAUCUCUCUUUUUGACGUGCUAUCAGAAGUGUUAAGAAUUGAUCUGGAUGUGGCCCUGUUCCUGCUAA